GUUGCUUGUGAUGCAAGGGGUGGCGCUGUGAGCGGGAGCCGCGCAGCAUCUGCCCACACGGGGGACGUGACCGGGCGCAAUGCCGUCGCCUUCUGCAUGCUGAGCAAUCCGGCCGCCAAGGGCAGGGCAUCAGCAAGAGGACUACAUGAUGGAGGCCAUCUCCAUGUUGAGUGGCAGCUCUCCAAGCUCCAAGGACACGUUCCUCUUUGACUCUACCAAGAAUGGCCCCAAGGGGGCGCCGGCGAGACCUGUGGUGGCCAUCCUGGGAUCGGGUGACUUCGCCCGUAGCCUGGCUCUGCGGCUGCUCCGUUGCGGGUACCGCGUGGCGGUGGGCAGCAGGCAGCCGCGCCGGGCAGCCGACUCCUUCCCGCACGUGGUGGACGUGACGCACCACGAGGACGCCAUCGCCAAGGCCGAUGUGGUCUUCCUGGCGGUGCGGAGGGAGCACUACGCCUCACUGUGGGGGCUGCGCCACCUGCUGGCUGCCAAGGUGCUGGUGGACGUCAGCAACAACAGCCGGCCCAACCAGUACCCCGAGUCCAACGCAGAGUACCUGGCCUCGCUCUUCCCCGACUCCCUGGUGGUCAAGGGCUUCAACGUCAUCUCCUCCUGGGCCAUGCAGUCUGGACCCAGAGAGGCCAGCAGGAAGGUGUACAUUUGCGGCGACUCAGUGGAGGCCCGCGGGCAGGUGCUGGAUCUGGCCCGGCGGUUGAACUUCGAGCCGGUGGACAUGGGCGCCCUGUGCUCGGCGCGGGACAUCGAGGACACGCCGCUGCGGCUCUUCGGCGCCUGGCGCGGCCCCGUGUUGGCCGCCGUGGGGCUCUCCGUGCUCUUCUUCGCCUACUCCUUCACCCGCGACGUGCUGCACCCCUACGUACACAGCCGACGCAGCGACUUCUACAAGAUCCCCGUGGAGGUGGUGAACCGCACGCUACCGGGCGCCGCGCUCACGCUGCUGGCACUCGCCUACCUGGCCGGCCUGCUGGCCGCCGCCCACCAGCUCUACCACGGCACCAAGUACCGUCGCUUCCCGGCCUGGCUGGAGGGCUGGAUGCAGAGCCGCAAGCAGCUGGGCCUGCUGGGCUUCUUCCUGGCCUGCGUUCACGUGCUCUACAGCCUGUGCCUGCCGCUCCGGAGGUCCGAGAGGUACCAGCUGCUGAACACGGCCUUCCAGCAGGUCCAUGCCAAUGUGGAGAACUCUUGGAAUGAGGAGGAGGUGUGGAGAGUGGAGAUGUACAUCUCCUUCGGGGUCAUGAGCCUGGGCCUGCUCUCCCUGCUGGCCAUCACAUCCAUCCCUUCCGUCAGCAGCGCCCUCAACUGGCGGGAAUUCAGCUUCAUCCAGUCGACGCUGGGCUACAUCGCCCUGCUCAUCGGCACGCUCCACGCGCUGCUCUUCGGCUGGCGCCGGGCCUUCGAGGAGGAGUCGUACCGCUUCUACCUGCCGCCCAGCUUCGCCGUGGCGCUGGCCCUGCCCGUGGCCGUGCUGCUGGGCAAGGGGCUGCUGCUGCUGCCCUGCCUGGCUCGCCGCAUGCGCCGCAUCCGCCAGGGCUGGGAGGCCUGGAGGCACCGCCGGGGGGGGGUCCGCUCCGCUGCCCACGUGUCCCCGGAGAGGGUCACCAUCAUGUGAGGGCGCCGCCCGGUCCCUGGCUACCCGCUCACCACCACGUGACCGUAUUUCAACCCUGAGUUUGAUGCCAGACACGCCCCCGUCAUAGAACCCAGCACCCCCCCCCCCUCCAAGAAUUCCAGCCCAUAAUCCAUGACCUUGUCCACAUGACCUCCCUCAUCUUCUCUGAUUAACCAUGACAACAGGCUAGCGAUAUGGCCCCCUCCCCCACCUGUCACCGGGGAAACCCUGACAGACGUCAGCGCUAUCUGCUCCCUCCAUCCCUUUGUAAAGAGAGCGAGGAAGAAGCAAACUGAGGAGGGGCCCGUCUCAGUGGGCAUGCUGGGAAGGACGUUCCAUUUUAAUCUCACCAUGUAAACAGCCGGGAGCGGCCGGCGCUGCUUUCCCCAAAUAUGUAUAAAUGGGAAGACCUGGCUCUUCUGAUCCGAGACCUGAAGUUCAGGGGGCUGGGGGGUAAAUUUUACUACCGUUUGUAAGGCCUUCUGGGACAAAGAGAGUCACAAAACAAGUUUCCCGCUUCAGCUGAGCUGAAUUGCAAAGCCAAAAAAACACAACAAACUGCUUUAUGCUAAUAAGCCGGGUCACAGGUCUUGGGUGGCAGGGGGGGGAUUUGCUCAGUUGUGCCCUCCCUGCACUUCACAGUAAAAUAUAUAAAGCAACUUCCAACUCAGUAUAAAUCAGAAAAUAUUUAGACGACUAGGAAACUGGCAUCAAGUACUUUUCAAAAAUGCUUUAUACCUUUGUACAAAGUCAUGGGGAUGUAAGGCCCUGUCGUGGGCGUCUUUUUACAUGCCCGCCCAAAAUGUUUGGGUCCCUUUCGCCCUCAUUGCGUUCAGUGUCAGGACCACGCUGGUCUCCAUAAAGGCUACUGACUGACCACCAACACACAAGUCGGUCCUGCUGCUGUUUUGCUGCUUGUGGUCCCCGUGCAGAGUGUUUGCAGUGGACGUCGUGAAGCUGGCACCUCCUCCUCCUCCUCAUGCGGCCUUUUGUCACUUUUGUCACAGAUGAAGAACUGAUUUGUUGUAAUGUGUAAAAAAAAAAUCACUCACUUAGACAGGACAAUUGUCACAGGUUACCUUUUUUUCUAAGUAAUGUAACCAUCCUGUAGAGUCGGUGUUUUGUACAGUGACCCAGUGAUGCCAGUAGUGCCCAGUAAUGGACUGUUCAGUCUUUCCCACGUCGUAAAAUGACAUCAUCAAAAUGCGACACCACUCGAGAAUAUAUUGUGUAGUGCUAAUUAGGGAUUUUCAAAAGUGCUGUGAUAACUGUCACUCAAAUGUACCACUGCCUAAACUUUCUUUUAUAAUAUCGGUUUUGUUGUUUAUUUCAUUGCCUUGCUGGUGAGGUGAACCAUCUGUUGUUGAUGUGCCUAAUCCCAAUGCUCUGCCCUAACUCUAAUGCCCUGAGCCACCUGUAAAAUAGCCAGUGAGUUUCAGCUCAUUACUACAGCACAUUAUGAAAGACAAGAAGUGGUAAAGCUCUAUACUGUUUAUUUUCCAGAGGGUUGGAAGAAACAAAAUAUCCUUGGUUAGUAUGUAGAAAGGUCAACCUCAGAACUGAUUUACAUGCUAGAAAUGUUAUGACACUAGAGUAAACAAAUGGAGUUAUCUACUGCAAAAUUCAAGUACUCUUUUAAAGGCACAACAGCAGUUAUAGUGCCUCUAAAAAUGAGUAAUGAUUACUUGUGCAUUAACAGACACUUGUGUAUCUUUUUUUACCCUAAACAAGAGAGUGUACAUGUUCUGAAGACACACAACACUGUAUAUAUAUAUCCCAACUUCAUGCCUUUCAGUAAGCAUAGUUAAUACAGCUAACAUUUCAGUGAGUAACGUAGCCCAAAUGAGCUUUGUAUGAGUAUGUGUAUGAGUUGUGUAUGUCAGGAUACCCGCAGGCAUGGAAAACCUGGAAAAGUUUUGGAAUUUUUAAAAUAAUUUUUCCAGGCCCUGGAUAAGUUUUGGAAUUGUUGGAUAGAGAGGAAAAGUUUUGGAAACUGUGUUCAUUUUUG